GCAGCUGGAUACGCAGUUAUGUAAAUCUGACGACGUGUAGCCAGCGACACCUGUGUCUUUGUCGAAGUAAUUGGUUUCAAACUACAACACUGUGCCCAUUAUUCUUAAUUAAUGGAUUCAUUUAGGCGCAGCUGACCUCCUGUGGUGCGUGCACUUCCCCAAGAGAUCAGCUCCAAGCUUACUCUGCUUCGAUCCUUCACAGUCUUCACCUCUAAACUCAUAUCACAGACAUGUGCAUGUUUCUCAACAUUACACGCUCUGCUCAGACAGUCCUGGGCUGUUUCAAAGGCUGGAUUUAGUUUAUUUGAGCCUUUAUUGCCAGACGUGGGGACAAUGGGGUUUGAAUGAAAUCUCCAAUCGGGUUCACACCUUGUUAACACCGCCAUUAGUCUCCCUUUACAUUCGCUGAUUGGUGAUUUACAUUUGCGACCAAAUAGCAUCUUUACUGCUGUUUACUGAGGCUUUGGGGGAACUGGAGAGUGAACGGGGGCAUUUGAUAUAAAAAGUGGAGCCUCCAGGAUCCCGCAGUCACUGCGUCUCCAGGUCACUGGCUGCUUGUGCGCUUCUCUGGACACUAACGCACCACCAAUCUACGGAGAUGUUGACGCUCGCGCUCAGCUUUGCCGCACUUGUGUGCGCGGUCGCUGCGCGGCCUUCACUCAACUACCUGGAGAGUCACACCGCCGAGAAUGAGUCAGAAGAAGUCCGCUCUGCCGCCAUCAAGAGGCUUCUGGAGGUUUUUGGGAUGGAGGACCCUCCUGCGAUCCACGGACACAAGCAGCCUCCACAGUACAUGCUCGAUCUGUACAACACGGUCGCUGAUGUGGAUGGUGUUACCAAGGACCCGUAUCUUCUGGAGGGGAAUACUGUGCGCAGUUUCUUCGACAGAUUGCGAAGUGAACAGGUGGAGUUCAGGUUCAACUUGUCCACAGUUGCAAGAACAGAGAAGAUCCUGACUGCAGAGCUUCAUCUGUUCAAGCUGCGACCACAGGCCACCUCAACAUUCAACAGACAUCACUUCUGCCAAGUCAGUGUUUAUCAAGUGCUCGACACCAGCAAAAGCAACAACACGCUAGGGAAGAAGCUGCUGUCUUCUCGACUCAUCCCAGUCCACUCCACUGGUUGGGAGGUGUUCACCAUCACUCAGGCUGUUCGCUCCUGGAUGGUGGAUGAAGGCAACAACUUGGGCCUCCAUGUAGUGGUUCAAACCCUGGGUGGGAGCAAGAUGGACUUGAAACUGAUCCGCUUUGCCUCGGGACGCAACCACCACCAGAGCAAACAGCCAAUGUUGGUUCUCUUCACUGACGAUGGACGCCGCUCUUCUGCUCCUGAGAUUACAGACCCAAAUGAUUUCGCAGCCACUUCCAGCCUGCCACACGCCCCCAUGUCGGGUCCACCCUCCCGCAGCGCUCGCUCCCUGGACUACAGCGACGAGGACGGCAUGUCCAUGCCCUGCCAACGCCUGCCUCUCUAUGUGGACUUUGAGGAGAUUGGCUGGUCUGGCUGGAUCGUGUCUCCGCGCGGCUACAAUGCUUACCACUGCAAAGGCUCCUGCUCCUUCCCCCUGGGUCAGAACAUGAGGCCGACCAACCACGCCACCGUCCAGUCCAUCAUCAACGCACUGAAGCUGAUCAAAGGCAUCGAGACGCCGUGCUGUGUGCCGGACAAGCUCUUCUCCAUCAAUUUGCUCUACUUUGACGACGAUGAGAACGUGGUGCUCAAACAGUACAGCGACAUGGUGGCUGGAAGCUGUGGCUGCCACUGAAGUUUCAGUCGUCACUGGCGGUGUGUGGCACCGUUUAAAUCCACUACGGGGACACAGACAGUCGUGCCGUGUGCCACAUGUGAAAUGUAAUAUAUGUAAAUACCCAAAAUUAUAAUAUAUGGCAGCGAUGGAAGUGACAGCCUGCGAAAGAUGUAAAUGUGUAUAUUUUAAGUUUCCUGUUGUGAACGAUUAUACAGUCAGAAUAAAUGAUUUAAACAAAACAAUA